AUGGUCUUUGCUAUUAAUGAAAUCAAUGAGAAUCCAGAACUUCUGCCAAACAUUACACUGGGCUUCCGUAUAUAUGACUCCUGCUUUAAAGAAAUGCAGGCUAUUAAUGGAGCGCUACAGCUUAUGUCUGGGACCCAUUUUGCAAUUCCAAAUUACAUUUGCCAGAAAAAAUCUAAGAUAGUGGGAUUAAUAGGAGAUCUUCAGUCUUCCAAUUCAGUUGCAGUGGCAAGAAUUUUGGGGCUGUAUCAUUUUCCUCAGAUAAGCUUUGGGUCAGCGAUGGCACAUCUAAGCGAUAAAAUCAGUUUUCCUUCUUUUCUGCGCACUAUUAUAAGUGAUAAGAUAGAGCCUUUUUAUUUCAAUUUGCUGAUGCUCCAUUUUAACUGGACCUGGGUUGGAAUUCUGGCUGCUUAUGAUUUUGACGUGUAUGACAGUGAACUUCUGAGAAAAGACAUUGAAGCAUCAGGGAUUUGUGUGGCUUUUUUUAUGCGGAUAUCUGCCCAACACACCAGAGAUCAGACACUCUCUAUUCUCCAAGUCAUCAAGAAAUCAACAGCCACAGUUGUGGUACUUUUCUGCUCAUUGCCAGAACUAAUCCCUUUUAUGAAAGUCGCAAGUGAAGAAAAAAUAACUGGAAAGGUCUGGAUUGCCAGUGGCAGUGUUAUCACUUCUCCUAUAUUUUCCUACAAAGAAUUUUGGAGAACAUUAAAUGGUACUAUUGGGCAACAAAUGCCCUUAACAAUUAUCCCCAGAUUUAAAAAGUUUCUUUAUGAUAUACAUCCAUCUUUAUAUCCCAAUGAUAUUUUUAUGAAAUCAUUUUGGGAAGCGAGUUUUGGUUGUUUUUGGCCCAAUCAAACACCAGUCAAUGGAUCAUUCUAUUGUACAGGGCAGGAAAAUCUUUCAACGUUAGAACACCAAGGUUAUAAUGAAGCAACAUCAUUGUUUGCCAGCCUUAUCUACAAUGCAGUUUAUACACUGGCCCAUGGUAUCAACAAUAUGAUUUCCUGCAGAUCUCAAUCACCAUGUUUAUCCAUAAGUGAAAUGGAGCCAUGGAAGAUUUUGCAGUAUGUCAAGCGUGUGAGGGUAAAAAACACUGCUGGCCAGGAGUUGUUCUUUGAUGGCAACGGAGACCUGAUAUUUCCACUUGAGUACGUGAAUUGGCAAGCUCUUCCCAAUGGUGAAGCACAAUUUAUCAAUUUUGCAACAGUAAAAGAAAUUCCUAAGAGUCAUAUUGUUCUAAGUAACAACACUAUAUUCUGGAGUGGAGGUUACACAGCAGCACCGGAGUCCACAUGCAGUACCAGCUGCCCUCCAGGAUACAGAAAGGCCCCACAGAAGGGACAGCCUGUCUGCUGCUUUGUCUGUAUCUUAUGCUCCGAAGACGAGUUUAGCAAUGAAACAGAUUCAACAAGAUGUAUGAAAUGCCCUGAAGACAUGUGGGCAAACGAGAAACAUAAUGGAUGCUGGAUGAGGAACUUGGAAUUUUUGUCUUUCAAAGAAACUUUAGGGGGUGCAUUAACCUUUGUCUCUGUUCUAGGAUCUCUCCUUCUUCUCAGCAUCCUCUUAAUUUUCCUAAAAAAUGCAGAAACCCCAGUUGUGAAAGCGAAUAACCGGAAUCUCAGUUACAUCCUUUUAGUUUCCCUGUUCUUCUGUUUUCUCUGUGCUUUAAUGUUCAUUGGUCGUCCCAUUACUAUAACCUGUAUCCUCAGGCAGUUUAUAUUUGGGAUCAGUUUUGUCAUGUGCAUUUCAUGUAUCUUGGGAAAGACAAUAAUGGUGGUGAUCGCCUUCAACCUCACCCAGCCAACAAACAACAGGAGAAUGUGGUUGAAUUCUCGAGUAACUAACACCCUGGUGCUUGUGUGCACAGCUAUACAAGUGAUUAUAUGUGCUGGGUGGCUUGUACACUCUCCACCUUUUGACUACCAAGACAAUAAAUCUAAGAUGGGCACCAUUAUUGUGGAAUGUAACAAGGGAUCGCCUGUUGCUUAUUCAUGCACAAUGGGAUAUAUGGGAUUUUUGGCUACAUUAUGUUUUGUAGUUGCUUAUUUGUCAAGAACAUUGCCAGGCAGUUUCAAUGAGGCCAAACUGAUCACCUUUAGUAUGUUGAUAUUUGGAGCUGUUUGGAUCUCCUUCAUCCCAGCCUACCUCAGCACCACAGGGAAGUACAUGGUGGCAGUGGAGAUAUUUGCAAUGUUAUCUUCAAGUGGUGGAUUAGUGGCAUGUAUAUUUUUACCUAAGGUUUAUAUUAUUGUUCUAAGACCUGAGAUGAACAAGAGGGACAGAAAAAUAUAUAUCAAAUAA